CGUGUUUCUAGUAUGUUUGGUACUUCGUGGCAUACUGAAAUGUGUUUCUGGGAGUGAAUUACAGUGUAAAGCAUGCCAUUUCCUGUUGCCAGCAGGUGGUGCUAUGACUUACUGAAUAUUGGCAUAUAGAUGUCUUUAGGCCAGGACUCUUAUCACACAUGUGAAGCUUAGGGCAGAUCGGACACUAUAUGCCUGAGUUAAAACAGCUUCCUCUUUCAUGGCGAAACAUCAGACUUUGUCAGUCCGCCACGGACACGCCCUUCAACGAAAACUCAAGAUCUAUGAUAUUUUGAUUUAUCAUCGCUAUGGUCUUAAGAUUAGACUGACAACAUAUGAUGUUGAUCUGGUUAAAUCUCUUUGAGGAGUUAAUCACAGUGUAAAAUAUGACAUUUCCUGUUGUCUGCAGGUGGCGCUAUGACUGUAAUUGAAUAUUGGCAUGUAGAUGUCUUCAGGCCAGGGCUCUAAUAAAACAUGUGAAGUUUGGGGCAGAUCGGACAUUGUAUGCCCGAGUUACAACAACUUCCUGUUUCAUGGCGAAACAUCAAACUUUGUCAGGCCGCCACGGACACGCCCUUCAGCAAAAACUCAAGAUCUUCGCAAUUUAACAUUGCAAAGGUCUUUAGAUUAGACUGACCAAAUAUGAUGUUGAUCUGAUUAAUGCUCUAGGAGGAGUUCAUUAAAGUACAAUGUGUGGAAAUGGCAAAAAUUGCACAAAUUUUGCAGAGAAAAUUCAAAAUAUCACUUCCUGUUGGUUUUCAGAUUUCGUACCAAGAGACUUUUUUGUAGGGAUUGGGCUGUUACAUGUGGGUACCGAAUUUCAUACCUGUAUUUGAAACCUCAUUGAAAUUUUUUAAGUGGCGCUAUCGAGCCAUUUUGCCACACCUAAUUCUGAAACCCAUAUCAGACGUAAAUUUUCACCACUUCUGAUGCGUAUGCAAAGUUUAAUGAGUUUUUGAGCAUGUGUAGGCCCUCAAAAAAGCGAUUCAUUUGCCAGAAGCGGAAGAAGAAGAAUAAGAAACGGUACAAUUCCAAUAGGGUCCUCACACCAUCGGUGCUCGGGCCCUAAUAAAAUAAAAAUAAAGGUGUAUGACUCUAUACUGUCAUGCUGUAUCUCAGAGACCCUCUCAACGCAGGAGUGUAGAAUCCAGGGAUAAUUUUUAUUUAAAUCAAAAACCAUGAAACUCCAGGCAGAACAGCAUCAAACAGACUAUACAGGAUAAUACCUUAACUAAAACAACUGGAGCGGACUCAGGGGUUGGAGCUGACACUGGAGCAGAAUCAGGGUCUGUAGCCGAUACUGGAGUGGACUCAGGGCCUGAAGCCGACACUGAAGCGGACUCAGGGACUAGAGCAAUGGACUGUGCUCAUGGGCUGGAGCCAAAACUGGACUGUGCUCAUGGGCUGGCGAUGCAGAGGAUCAUCUCUUCUUCCUCAGACUCCUCCUUUUAGCUCAGAUUAAAGUGAAUCUGGGACUGAGUGCUGAGGCAAGAGCAGACUCUGGACUGGACUCACAAAUUGGAGCGGACUCAUGGGCUGGAACGGGCUCUAGAGCAGAAUCGGGGUGUAGGGACCGGAGAGGGGAAUUCUGGAUGGAGAUAAAUGCUGGAUCUGCCACUUUUGCUACUAGGUCAGCGCUGUUGAAAACCAUCUUCUGGGCUCGAGGGAAAACUGGAGGAAUGGGUAAGAUGGUCCUGAUGUUAAGGGAUGUGGAGGGUACAGUCGCAGGCUUGGGGUGAGCUUGUAGGGUUUGUAUUGUCCUCUUUGACUUCAUCAACCACAAAAACGGAGACAUUUAGCCAGAGGACGUAAUUAAUGAAAUCAACUAAGGGAAAAUAACAAUGACCAGAAGACAGGAACUGAAAUAACUCGUCAUCCAUUCCCAUCUGAACGCAGGCAUUGAGGGUAGUAUUACUCCAGCUUACCAGAUGGGAAUAGUCCAAAAACUCCUCCACAUACCGCUCCAGAGGAUGUCCGUUCUGUCGGAGAGAGAAGAGAUGAUCUUCAGCCAUUUCCAUUGUUGAGUCUUUGUUUUGGGUUCUUGGAUUCUGUCACACUGUAUCUCAGAGACUCUCUCAACGAAGUAGUGUAGAAUCCAGGGAAAACUUUUAUUUAAAUCAAAAACCAAGAACUCAGGAAAAUCCAGGCAGAACAGCAUCAAACAUACUAUACAGGAUAAUACCUUGACUAAAACAAACUCAUAACAUGACAUACAGUAUACAGUACAUUAGUAAUAAUUACAUUUAUGAGUUAUAUGACUAAUUUGAGACCAAAAACUAUGCUUGUGUUUAUGCAACUGGCCCCAGUAACAAAGGUCCCUGCUCCAUCUGGUUCCUGUGCUUAAAAAAUGAAAAGAUCCCGGCAUUAAACCAACACAGCUAGUUGCCAAUUUUCCUCCAGUGUCAACAUGAAAAUAACAAACCAUUAACUUGAAUUUGUCCUCAUUGCUUCUACAUAUUUGACAGUAUAUCAGAACAGCCAUAAAAUACCCAGGUAUGUCAUCAGCUGUUUGGGAGAUGUUUUAAAUUGCAUAUAGUUACAUGUGAGGUCACAGCUAAUGACUACUUUCACAUGCACCUACACAACUGCAUAAGAACUGCCUAUAAUAGCAAUUAAAACCUUAAAGCCCUAUGUUUAACAGAUGUUUUGACUUAAUUCAAGUAAUCAGCACAGUUAAAGGUAAAUUAACUAAUGAGUUUUCGUCAAGGAGAAAUUGAUGCCCUUUCACUUGUCACUGGAAUUACAGUUGACAGCUCAGGGCACUUUUGGAAUUAAGGUCACAAGGUAAAGCACCUGGAUGGAUCAGAUUCCGGGCAGCUGUGUGGCAAGUCUGAUUGGAGGACAAUGCUGUCACACCUCAUGAUUUCUUGAAAUGGAGAGUCUGACUCUAUUCCUGGCUUGUGUAGUGGUGAUAUCACCAGCAAUGCUUUCCACUCAGCUGUGCAUCUGGCAUAUUUAUCGAACUGACCUCUCUGAACGCUCAGCCUCUGUGUUGUUGGUGAAAACAAUAAUCAAGGCACUCUUGUUAUGCAAUUGCCCUGCACUGAUCACAUGUCAUUUGUACUAAAAAUACAGGAUAUAGAGCAACUGUGAUAAUAUAAAUAGCCAUAAAAAUAGGCAGGUAAGAAGAGGAAAGGGUUGUCAAUAUUAGCCAUGCUCUCCCAAGGUAGUGAGGCGUGCUCUGCAAGUCGAAAGGCCACGUUCUUGACAGAGAGAAGGCGGUCGUCUUUAGACAGCAGUCAGAGGGUUAGGACAGAAAAGACCAAAGGUUAUAGAAAACCAGGGUUGCACUUUCUUUGUCCCCCUGUUCUCAAUGACCUGUUAACCCACCAUUGGAGGGACGUGCAGGAUGGAUUCUCUGAUCCAGAACAACUGAACAAAGUGUUAGAGUUUCAAAGUGAUGAAUUGCUGUGGACUGCUCAGAAACAGGAAUCGGAUGCAGGUCUUUGGUCUUUGGAGUACAAAAGAGAAGUGACAAGCCCACUGUGUAUUGCUGCUGCACAAGGUUUCACUGAAUGUCUACAGUAUUUACUGGAGCACGGCGCACACCCCAACCUUAUCGCAGGAGGAAAAGCGGCACUUCAUGAGGCCUGUGCAAACGCCAACACUGAAUGUGUAGAGCUGCUGCUGGAACAUGGAGCAAAUCCUAACCAGAUGACAGAGGAGGGACUGACUGCCUUACAUCUCUGCAAAACAACACAAUCACUACGCUGUGCAAAAACAUUGGUGAGAUAUGGUGCCAAGGUGAACGUACCCAGUGAGGAAGAGGAAGAAACACCAUUGCAUGUGGCAGCUAGACAUGGUCUGCCCCACCAUGCACAGCUGUACCUACGAUUUGGAACCUGUGUAAACCAUAGCAGUUCUUCGGGUGAAACGCCACUGGGGGUGGUUUGUGGAGUCGCCCCAGAAAAGACAGCCAACAGCCAAGAUGAACGGUACCUCGAGCUCUGUCGUCUCCUCCUGGCCUAUGGAGCAAACAUUAAUUUAGCUGAUAAAGAACGCCGCAGUCCUCUACACAAGGCAGCCCGCAAUGUUCAGCAUAAGAUGGUGGAGCUUCUCUUGGAUCAUGGAGCUGAUAUCAAUGCCAUUGACUAUAACGGAUGUUCACCGCUAUCUAGUGUUCUACAGAGCUCUGUGGUUCGGCAAGAAUGGGAACCUCACAUGGUGGUUCAGACCUUGUUAAAUCGUGGCUCCAUUAAAGUCUGGCCACAAGCACUGCUGAAGGUAUUGACAGCCUGUGCAGAGGCACCUAAAACAGUGGAAAUCCUGUUUAACUCAUACACACUUGUUCCUGUAACCUACAAAUGGGUUGAGGCAAUACCUGAGGAUACCUUUCAUCUUCACCGACCCUUUUAUGAGUCUCUUUUUGCACUGGAGUAUAAACCACGUAGUUUACAGCAUCUGUGUCGGUCUGCACUGAGGAAACAGUUUGGGAAAAAAUGCUACUCACUCAUUCCCAGUCUCCCUGUGCCAAAGACACUACAGCAGUAUCUUCUUCUGGAACCGGAGGGGUACAUUGACUAGAACCAGACCUUUUGGUAAAUAAAACUGUAGAAGGCUUUUUUAGUGUUAUAAAUGAAGUACAGACUUCCUUACAUUUCACUUGCAAAAUCACAAUACACUGAUACUUUUAGAGAUAUUUUUUUCACCUAUUUUCAUAUAUAUAUAGCUGAUAUAUUAGUGUAAAUAGCUUUACAAUACAUUUUAUUGUUUGAAUGGCAUUGUGUUGUGUAUGCUAUGAAUUCUUCUUUAAUUUCUAUAAAUAUCUAGGCCUAGUUACAGCUCAUUUAAUGUUUUUGCAUAAUUAUUUAGUUAAGAAAUAUUUUUCUUGUUUGCCCUUAAAAUAAAAUACCUUUUGACAA